CUAGAUAAACAAACAAUGACAUAGGCGUUUCUCCAACCAUAUAACUACACUUGUAACCCUAGGAUUUUUGUUAGGAGAUAUUUCAACAACAUAGAUCGAGACACGAAGGUUAUCUAAGCCACAACUACAAAAAAUCAAAAUGGUGAAAGCAAAGAAAUGGAUAUUAAAGAAGCAGUUUGAGGGUUUACCAAAAAAAUCGGAUUUUGAGCUGGUUGAAGAAGAUUUAUCACGUGAUUUAAAAGAUGGAGAGGUGCUUGUCGAGUCCGCCUACCUUAGUGUUGAUCCUUACAUGAGAGUAUAUAAAAAGACAACAGGGGAUGUAAUGAUCGGUUCUUCAGUGGGCAAAGUAUUAAAAACCAACAAUAAAAAUUUUAAAGUUGGUGAUAAGGUUGUUAUUAAUGCUGGGUGGAGGACUCAUGCUAUUGUUUCAGACAAAGUAAAUCCGUAUGAAUUACGUCAUUUGGCGCCCUUGGGAGACCUCCCUCUUUCAGCAGGACUUGGUGUUAUGGGAAUGCCGGGAAUGACGGCUUAUUUUGGAUUAGUUGAUGUCUGUAAACCUAAAGUAGGAGAAACAGUUCUAGUUAAUGGCGCUGCAGGGGCAGUAGGGAGUGUUGUUGGACAGCUGGCUAAAAUAAAAGGAUGCACUGUGAUAGGAUUUGCUGGAACUAAAGAAAAGUGUGAUUGGUUAAAGAGUUUAAAUUUCGAUCACGUGUUUAAUUAUAAAGAAACAGAUGUAAAGACAGCUUUAGACAAGGCAGCACCUAAAGGAAUCGAUAUUUACUUUGAUAAUGUUGGUGGAGAUUUCACAGUGGAUGCUUUGAAUUAUAUGAACGUCUUCGGUAGAAUUUUAGUUUGCGGUGCUAUAUCCACUUAUCACGACGGUUCCAGAAAAAUGGUGCCCGAUCCUUUCAUGACAUUUCUCCAAAAGAAGUUAACAGUAUAUGGUUUUAUUGUUACCGAUGUUUUAAAUAGAUGGGGUGAAGCAUUUCCAGAAAUGUUACUAUGGUUACAGCAGGGUAAAUUGCAGUUUAGAGAGACAGUUACCGAAGGUUUUGAAAAUAUGCCGGAAGCUUUUCAAUCUCUGUUUUCUGGUGGUAAUACGGGGAAGGCAGUUGUCAAAGCUUGAGAAAUCAAGACAGAGAAUAUAUUUUAUUUUUCAUAAAAUCAGAUUUUUAUUUGUUUUUGUUUAUUGUCAUUAGUCCUUUAUUCACAGAUUUUAAACACAAUACAUCUAUAUGUUUUAUUA